AUGGACUCGAUAACCCGCAAUGCAUGCAUAACUGGGGACUUGGAUACAGCUGAAGCAUGGCUAACACAACGUAUUGAUACUGACAAUAGCGACCACAACGCGUAUGCCAAUCGCUCAUUUGUUAGGGCGCGAAAAGAUGACUGGGACGGUGCGCUCCAUGAUGCACUGAAGUCCGCUGCGAUGCCCUCCUUGACAGGGUAUCUCUCCAGCGCCAUCGCACUUUGCGGAAAUCAGCGGAUUCAGGAUGCAAUGAAAGAAUUUAACCUUGCGACCAUGCCAAAUCUUUCUCCUACAUUCCUGAUUCAUCACGGUUUUCAGGCCAUUGCACUGUUCAACGCAAAGCAGCAGCAUUGCGAAGCAAUACCCCACAUUCAACGGCCUCCGGACGCUUCUCCCAAUGCUGAUAGUCUUGUCUGCAGUAUUGUGGAAGUUUAUCUAGACAACUUAGGUGGCGUGUGUUGUAACGGACUCAGAGGUGCGGGGGACUUCACUGCCGCUGUCAACACCAUCGCUGGAUCAUCUGAAUCCGCCAUUUGUUCUGAAUAUGAGGACUUUAAUGUGCUCUUCGGAUGCGACCUCAAGUUAAUGUGGCAAAAUGCAAACCAGAUGCGAUGCGAUGCAUUCCUCCAGGCAGGUGGGAUUAGAGAAGCCCUCGAAUCGUACCGACAUAUGAUGGAUAUGAGUGGUGAAACUACGAAGGCUAACUGCCUUGCUUGGUCCACUAGCAAGUCUUCAUCAAUAGAGCAUUAUACUGCCAAAGGAUUUACUGACAUAGUCGCAAGUGGAGAUGCCGCAUUGAAGGCGGGUAAUUAUGAAGAGGCUAUCGAGCUAUAUUCAGCGGCAAUCAACCUGGGUUCAGCCAGUGACACCAUCUUCGCAAACCGCAGUAAGGCGAAGUUGGAACAAAGGCUAUGGGAGGAUGCACUUCUCGAUGCACAACAGGUCAUUAAACUCAGCCCUUGCAAUUAUCUCGGAUACGAAAUGAAGCAUGCAGUGCUUCGUGCCGCACAGUACUACGAUGAAGCUAUCGAAGCCUUCCAAGUGAUGCUCUCUAUAUUAGUCAAUUCUUCCGAAAAACGACAACAAGAUUUGUUCCUGGAGUAUGCCUCUCGAUCCUACAUAGAAGUAAAAAUCCAAAAAAUUGUUUCCGAUCGUAUCCAACACAUCCCGAUUCGCAUACUUGACACUUCUACCGGUCGCUUAUAUGAUCUAAAGACACGACAGGAGGCCUUCAAGACGAGUGUAGAGUACAAGGAACUUUUAUCAUCAAUAACGAAGCGCACAGACCUCCAAACGGAGCGCAUCAAAGAGGUGGUGGUGAAGUACUUUGGUUAUGUCAUGUUAUCACAUAAGUGGGAAGGGAAGGAGCCGCUACUGUGCGACAUCCAGGGCAAGAGCGUGUACGAGUUGGAGUCAGUCGGCAGCGUCAGGAAGUUGCAGCGGUUCUGCGAAACUGCUCGUGAUGCUGGCUACCGCUGGGCGUGGAGCGAUACAUGCUGCAUAAACAAGGUAGACAUCGAGGAGCUCCCAGAAUCCAUCACCUCCAUGUUUCGCUGGUACCGGCACUCAGCCCUCACAGUUGUCUACCUAUCUGACAUCUCACCUUCGUCGGGAUCUGGCGCACUCGUCAACAGCGUCUGGAUCACCCGAGGAUGGACACUCCAAGAAUUCCUGGCUCCCAACAUCAUUCUCUUCUACCGAAAUGAUUGGACCCCGUAUCUUGAUAAUCCUUCUGAUAACCACAAGGAGUUUAUCAUGCAAGAGUUGAAAGAUGUUAUGGGCAUAGAUUCACGGAUUCAUGUCACCUUCUCUCCUGGGACGGAAGAUCCCCGCGAGAAACUCGUAUGGGCAUCAAAGCGCGUCACCGAGAAGCCGGAAGACAUUGCAUACUCAUUAUUUGGCGUCUUCGGCGUUUACUCAAGCGUAAUGUAUGGCGAGGGCAAAGAGACCGAUAUCACGUCGUACGGGUCGACACUCCUGUUGCCAUGCCCGUCCAAAGAUGAGAUUCAAGCAUCGAUCUCGUCGCUACGAAUUGCUGAGGAAGAGGAGCUGGCUUUAGACUUGUAUAACAAACUUUACGACGUAGACCCCGUCGACUUCUCAAACCAGCGGUUAUAUCUGCCUUGCAUCGAGUUCCGUGUCACCAAAAUCAAAGGGAGGCACGAUCAAGAUAAAAAGAAAAAUUUCACAUAUGACUUGAAGGCAAAGGGACUUUGUGACUUGUCCAUCAUCACAGACGAAGAACUCCAUUCCUCGCGAGAAAAUUCGACCGUACCGAAACUCUUGCUCGUUCGUCCCUGGGACUGUCAUCUCCUCGAACUGCUUGACCAUUCGAGCGAUACGGAGAGCAUUGACAAUAUAUCCUGUUUCCCAUCCCCGUCAGACAAUUCAUCCUGUCCCUCAUCCCCGUCAAAUUCACAUGACGGGCUCCCUGGAGAGGACGAGUCGCUUGGUUCGAAAUCGGGCGAGCAAGCAUUACAAUUGAUUGCUCACCUCAAACAGCCUUUCAGGGCAUUUUUGCUAAUGCACAAACGCGGCAAAGAAUACACGAGAAUCGUAUCAGAAUAUGAUAUUAUUGCACGAGUCGAAGAAACGACUUCUAUCCAAAACAUGACGAAAUGGGUCAAGAGAGUACAGGUGGUGUAG